AUAAACGUGUGCAGAGCACAGAUUAUAUAUUGUGCUCGCGUUAACAUUAUCUGUCAAAAUCGAUAUAUUAUCAUUUAAAAGUGAUAUCAAGAUACAUCCGAUGAAAGAAGAACCGCGUUUCGACAUUCUGGCGAUUGGUAAUCAAAGAUGAAUCGUUGGAUAUUCUUUUUCGCGGCUUUGGCCGCUUUGGCUUCGGCUGCCAAUUCAGAAAAGAAGAUCGUAUGCUACUUCGGUAGCUGGUCCGUUUACCGACCUCCGGGUGGCAAAUUUGACAUUUCUUACAUUCCACCGUGGCUUUGCACACAUAUGAUCUAUACUUUUGUCGGUAUCACUUCGGACGGUGGUGUCAAAGUUUUGGAUGCAUGGCAAGAUCUGACCGAUAAUUGGGGCAAGGGUGGUUUCCAAAGAUUCAACAAGCUUCGGGAACUGAGUCCGGGAACUAAGACCCUCAUCGCCAUCGGUGGAUGGAACGAAGGAUCUUCUAGAUAUUCUGAGGUCGUCGGCAAUCCGCUUCUUCGCUCAAGAUUUGUCAAAAAUAUCGUUGAAUUCGUAGAGAAAUACGAUUUCAAUGGUUUCGAUCUCGAUUGGGAAUAUCCUAAUCAGCGAGGUGGCAAGCCAGAAGAUGUGCAGAACUUCGUACGUCUACUCGAGGAACUGAGACCUGAAUUUGAUAAACGCGGGCUUAUUCUCAGCGCUGCCGUUGCCGCUGCCGAGCCUUCAGCUUCUCUAUCCUACGAUAUUCCCAAAUUGUCCAAGAAUUUAGAUUUCAUCAACAUUAUGGCAUACGAUCUUCAUGGUGCCUGGGAGAAAACAACUGGUCUUAAUGCCCCGCUUUAUCCGCGCAAAGGCGAGUCUGGAAAUGAACUUAAACUCAAUGUCGAUGCAUGCGUACGUUAUUGGUUGGAAAGUGGUUGCGCGCCCGAGAAGCUGAUUCUCGGUGUGGGAUUCUAUGGUAGGGCAUUCACUCUCGCCGACAAGAACCAGAAUGGUGUUGGAGCUCCUGCCAGAGGAGCUGGUGCUGCUGGUCCGUAUACUCGUGAGCCUGGAAUGCUCGGCUACAAUGAAAUUUGCGAGUUCGUGAAACAAGGUGGAUGGACUGUUAUCCGCGACGAAGAGCAACGCGUUCCAUACGCUGUCAAGGGCGAUCAAUGGGUUGGCUAUGACGAUGUAACUUCCCUUAACGAAAAGAUGGAUUACAUCAAUUCCUUGAAUCUCGGUGGUGCGAUGUUAUGGAGUAUCGAAACCGAUGACUUCAACGGCAAUUGUGGUGAAAAGUAUCCUCUGCUGAAAGCAUUGAAUAUUAAAUUGAGAGGAGGAGUUCCGACAGAGCCGCCUAAACCGACAGAAGGGCCUAAUAAGACAAAUCCGCCAACUGAACAACCGACACAACCACCAGCGACUCCUCCUCCCACAGGUAUUUGCAAGAAACCUGGUUACGUCCGUGAUGAAAAAGACUGCAGCGUAUUCUACCAAUGCAUAAAUGUUAAUGGCAGUUAUGAAAUAGUAAGAUUUACUUGUCCAAAUGGACUAGCCUUUGAUCCCAGCAUAAAUGGUUGCAACUUUAAAAAUAAUGUUGCCGGAUGCAAUUAAUGAUAACAACUGCUGUCACAUGUAACAAUGCCAUAUAAUAAAUAAAUACGUAUAUAUGUACAAUUUGUAUUACCUAUAUAAAUAUAAUCAUUAAACACA